AUGUUUCCUGUGAAGCUGCUCGCCUUCGUCUUCAUCUCCUCGCUGACACAUGACAGGAGGAGGAGCCACGAGGAGGAGGAGGAGGAGGAGGAGGAGGAGGAGGAGAGCAGGAAGUAUGAUGUGAUACUCAGGAGAGGAGACGUCCUCCAGGUGUCCAGGACUCUGGUCACUCACUUUGGUAUUUACCUGGGCAGAGACAGAGUGGUUCACUUCAUCCCGGACAUCUUGCCCGUCUUCUCCUCUGAUCACAGCAGGAUCAGACAAACGGUCUCCAACGUCCGACUCCUGCUGGGAGUUCUGCUCAAGCGCGGCAGCGUCAGAGUCGACUCAGUGGACGACUUCGCCCACGGAUCCCAGAUUCUCGUCAACACCAUGGAUGAGGUGUGCAGCCGCCCGCCGCUGCAGGGGGAGGAGGUGGCGCGGCGAGCGGAGAAGCUGCGCGGCGACGCCCCCUUCAGUCUCCUGUGGUACAACUGCGAACACUUCGUCAUGUUCUGUCGCUAUGGCGUCGUCACGAGCUUCCAGACGUUUCAGUUCUGUAAAACGCUGAGGAAGCUGCUGCUGAGUCAACGCGUUGCCAAGGCGACGGCGAUGCUGUCGCUGUGUUUGCUUGUCCAACUGCAGCCUGCGACGAUCAGCUGCUCCGCUCUGCUCCUCCUCCUCCUCCUGCCCUUCAUCCUCUGGAUGGCCUCGUGAAAAUAACAACAAUUUCAUCUGUUGAAUAAACAACAUUAAAUUAUGGUCUGAGUAAAAAUAAAG